AUGGCUUCCAUCUUGUGCGACGUGACGAAUGUAGUCUCCGCAGGACAGUCGACCAGUCCUUCGACUUCUGCAGCUGCUGCUGCGUUGAAGCACAGAUCUUCGUCGUCUUCGUCUUCGCCUCCCGUCGCGGCGCGCCUGGCUUCGUCAUCGUCGGCGACGGGCGCGAGUUCGAUCACGGCGCGUCGUCGCGGUGCAGCACGUCCUCCCGUUCUUCGUCAAACCAGCUUGGACUUCUUCGCCCCUACUUGCACACCGCCUGUCGCAAACUCGUCUUCGCAUCCGGGGUGGAGCUCACGCGCGACUCGCGUCGACGACGUGAACGAGAAUGAGACGCGCUCGCAGCCUCCACCUCCGCCGACGCAGCCGCACGCGUCAUCCUCGUCCUCGCCAGCCGGUGCUGCCUUCGCCUCGUCCCCGGCAACGACCAUCACCUCCGCCAGUGGUAGCUCGUGCCACGAUGACGGAUCGGAACAACGAUCCUCUCCUCUCGCGUCUCGUUACCUUAUUGCACUGCGACACACUCGUGACGAAGCCGAUUCGAGCAUGGACAUUGACGAGGACGACGCGUUUGUUUCAUCGCGCAACGUUCUCAAGCGAGCUAGGAGUCAAUUCGACGGCGACGGCGACGAGGAAGACGAGGAGGAAUCGCACGGCGCUGCUCGAUCACGCCACCACUCGAGUCGAGUUCCUACCCCUCCCGUUCAAGUUCACUCUUGGUCGACCACGUCUAACCCGACGAGAAUGAUCGAGUCGAUUUACAAUAUGCCUCAGCGCACCCUGUCGGUCCACGAGAUGCUCCGCCGCAGGGCUUUGGGGAUGAACGUCAGCAUGCAACAAGGUGAGUACGAGAAGAAGUCAGUGGUUGAGUACGUAUGGAAAUCGACGCUGAUGGUGCAUUCAUUGUCUUCGUAGUCGCCCUUCGACCCGUUUUACUUGACUUGGUGUCGAGCAAUGAGCACCACGUCGUGCGCUGCCCUUCCUCGAGAUGCGAUCGCAUCCUGGCGUAUCCGUUUGCGUCCAAGUUCAGCAAUGGUCAGUCUCGUUGACUCCUUUCAGUUGGUUUAGACUGUACCUAAGUAGGUAGGUUUACUGAUGGAUGCGAUUCGCUCAUCGAAACAGCUGCGAAAGCUGGAGGCAAGCAAAUCCUUGCGAUUGGUGACGAGGAAGGCGGUUUGACCUUUGUCGAUGCGAGCAAGCAGAGCCAGUGGGAUACAGGUGAGCGGCAUGAUCGGGGGUCCCUUUUUUCUGUAAACGGUUACUUAAAUGCCCUGCCCCUACUCCGAAUUCGUAGACACCUCGCGCACUUCGUUUCAAGCUCACGACAACGCUGUCUUUGACAUUGCUUGGAGCUCGGACGAUCGCACAAUCGUGAGUGUACCGCGAAGAACCCGCUUGAUGCACUGUGUUCCAGAGGACUGACGCUCCAUCGCGACCAUGUCAGACCACGGCCAGUGGUGAUCAAACAGCCGUUUUGUGGGAUGUCGAGACCAUGACGUGCACGGCUAGGCUCUUAGGCCACUCCGGCACGAUCAAGAGUACCCAGUGGGAUCCCAAGAACCCGAGUACGUGUUUCGACCAAGGGGCUGCCUGAGAAUCUCAGCUCAACCCUCGCUCGUAUCGUACAGACCUACUGGCCACGGCUUCGCGUGAUGGCUCGAUCAGGAUCUGGGAUCGACGGAUCGACAGCCGAGGGGAGGAUGCUCGUAACAAUCGAGAUGGCUCAGCGAUUGGCUGCGUCAACAUGAUCAGAAAUGCCCAUGGAGGGGCGAAGAAGACCAAGGAGGUGCGCAUGCCCAUCGACUUGAUUUUUCUCGACGUAAAUGCUGACGUUGUAUAGCACUACACGUUGCAGUCACCCAAGAGUGUCACCGCGGCCGUGUUCUUGCCGCAGUCUGACAACCUGCUCGCUUCGUCUGGGUCUGCAGACUCGUGAGUGCUCGAGCGAUUAAGUGCUUUUCUGAAGCUCUGACUGACUCGACUUUAUGUCGUCUUACUUGUUUGGUAGAGUGAUCAAAGUCUGGGAUCUGCGUCGAUCCCAUUCUCGUCGGAUCAACCCCGCCUCGUUCGAAACGAACGAAAUUGCAGUCUCGAACACGUCCUCGAAGCGACCGCACGGGAUCAGUUCGCUCGUUCUAUCCCCGGACGGCAGAGCACUAUAUUCGCUCGGAACGGACGCUGUGUACGUCCCGAGCGUCCCACAUUGAGCAUUAUCCUCUGAGCUGACAUACUCACGCUCUUCAACAGCAUCUCAUCCUUCAAGCCAGGCAACUUGACCCAUUCUUAUCCCCUGGCGACGUACCAGCACCCCACCCUGGUCGUCAACUCGUUCUACAUCCGCUUAGCCGUCUCUCCCGAUUCGCGGUUCAUUUCGUGUGGUUCGACCGAUAACGCCGUUUAUGCUUGGGACACGUGCGCCGCUGCGGACCAAGGGGUUAGGAUGGUCGGCCAUGAGAAGGAAGUCAGUUGUGUCGAUUGGUCUGCGAAGGGUGGGGUGAGUCAAACUGUGUCCCCCAAUCCGGCGAAGGCAUGAGUUGACCAAUUUUUUUGAUCCACGCCCUGUGCAGUUGGUUUCCUGCUCCGAUGACGGCUUGGUCCGACUGUGGUCGACCGAUCGCGAAAAGGCGCGUAGGAUCCGUUCGAACGAAGUCGAGGAUCAGGAGAUCGGUUGGAGAUGGUGUGGAGCAGUAUAA